CCACAGCCCGGCGAAGGGCGAGCCCCGGGCGGCACUAACGGGGCGGGCGGGGUGUGCGUCCCCCCCCGGUGCGGUGGUGCGGCCCGCGGUCCCCCCGCUCGCGGUGGUGCGGGCGGCGGCGCUGGGGCCGGGCUGGGGCCUCGGCGGGGCCGGGGCGAGAGCGGGGAUGACGCUCUUCGGCAGCGGGGACGCGGGCUGGAGAUAUUUGGACAUGGCCAGGGAACCCAAGCCGAGCCGGACCAGGCUGGGCCAGAAGCGGCAGCACAGCAGCAGCCUGUACCACAGUAACUGUGAGCUGGAUUACGAUCUCUACAGGGACGACUUCCCGUACCGUGUGUACGAGUACCAGAAGAUCCCCCCCCUCAUUAACCGCAUCCCAGUCAAGACCAGACGAACUCACAUGGGAACUGGAGGCAAAAGCAGCCUGAGCCCCCAGCCCGGGUCGAGGAGCAGCACCAGCUCCACGGCAGGACGGACAAAGUUGCGGGCUGAAGAGCUGCACUCCAUCAAGGGGGAGCUAAGCCAGAUCAAGGCGCAGGUGGACAGUCUACUGGAGAGCCUGGACCGCAUGGACCAGCGGAGAGAGCGUCUUGCGGGAUCCAAGGACAGCGAGAAGAAGAGGGUGGAGAUGCGGGCAGAGUCGCCAUCCCCAGGAGGAGAAGGAUCACGGGAGUCGCGGGGGAAGGAGGGGACGGGAGCUGACAUGCACAGCAACCUGCGUGACAUUGACAGCGCUGAUGAGAGCACAGACACGGAGGAGACGGUGAAAAAACACAUGUCGGACCCCGAGGGGAGCCAGUAGAAGGAUGGGGAGGCCGUGGCCUCCCUGCGUGGCCAGCCCUUCCCAUCUUGUGUUCGUAUUUCUUUUGAGGCUUCCAGCUAGUGCCACGCAUGGCGCGAGGUGCCCGCUCCCGGCACGGCCAUGCCCUGUCGCCAGCACAGCAGCCCGCAUCCCACCCCUGCGAGACACCGGCCAGCAGAGGCGAGAGAAGUCUUUGUGUUCCAGUGCGCUUGUUUUCUUUUUCCUCCUGUUUUCAGAUCUAGGGAUAAGCAGAUGUGGCUGUGGGAGGGACGGGAGAAGCAAAAGAAAGGACCAUAUCCCAAAGGAGCAUCUCAAAUCCUGGCUGCCUUGUGUGCAAGCAUCCCCCCACCCAUCAGGUGGUGUGGGGUGCAGAGAGAGCACCUUGGGGCUCUUAGCCCCUACAGCACAGGUCACAUCCCAACCUCUCCUGCCCUGCAUCCCUGCUUCCGACCCCCCUGGAAUUCGUUCAGCAAGGCCCAGCAGGCAUGGGUACAGCCCAGGAAGACUUUUGGAGCUGUUUGGCAUCCCAUAAUGAUGUCACAGGAAGGAGGGACAACCCCGAGACAGCUCCACAGAGCUUUUAUGGGAUUUUGGGAUGGAGGGGCGGCGCUGAGCCCAGCUCUCACAUCGGCUGCAGGGCCAGCAGCAGGGUGAUGCAACCCCGACUGCUCUCAGUAGCCCCUGCUCACAAAUGGGGUUUCCUUACUGGAUUCCUGUGAGCUGCUCUCAGCCAUAGCUCGUGUUUGCGGUCAGCAGGAUUCCCGUGAACAGCCUUGCCAGGGCUCCUCUCCUGCACCCAAGGAAGCUGUGGUACCCCCAAGCCUGUGCUCCCCAGCGUCGUAUCUCAGUUUGGUGUCCCUCAUUUCUAGGUUGGCCUUCUCUCAAUGGUAGGAACUUGUUCUGUAUUUCUAAUUUGCUCUGGUAAAAGAGUGUUUUGUGUUGGAAAGAAAAAUUAUUUGUAUUUCUUUUCUCUGGUUAUUUGACUCCACUGCAGUUUCGAACCAUCUGAAGCGCACGUGUAAUUUUUGUACCCAAUUUUGCUUGCUGCUUGCCACAGCUCUAGGCUUUGGGGGCUUCCUAGGAUGCCACCUUCCCCACAACUCAGCCCAGAGGAAGGAGGAGUGCAGUUCUGCCCUCUUUCUCAGUGCU